GGAAAUUAGUGAGUUCGAGCAUGCGCGUUGGAGUCCUUCACAACAGUUCAACGGGAAAGCGCCGUGUUCAAAUUCAGUUUUUUUUUUUUUUUUUUUUUUGGAUUUGCGUGUUGGCACAGCCGAGAUGGAGCAGUUUGAUACAAGUGUGAUGAGGACUCCCCGGGACAGUGGUGGGGUUAAAAGAAGGAGCAAAAGUCGGAGCUACCAUCAGUCCUACCGCAGCUGUUUAAGUGUUGCUUCAAGGCAUGGCUUGACCUCAGGGAGACUCAGCACCAACAGAAAAGCUCCAAAGCUACACAACGUCACCGACAAGGUGAAUCCGGAGCACCUGGCUUUGUUGGUGAAAACCGAGUGGCAGCUCUCCUACGUCACCCCUCUCUACCAGUUCAGACACACCCAGCUGAAGAGCUACGCCAAGCAGCUUUCGGCUUUCGUCGUCGCCGAGCAGCAGCAAGGUCUGGCGGUGGAAGUCGGAGGGCAGCAGAGCAGCUUCAAAGUCUCGUUUUCGGUGGUGCAGGGGAUGGCGGAGGCGGACAACGACCCUGAACCGGUCCUCAUACAGAUACAUUCAAAGCCGGUGUUCGCGAGGCAGGAUGAGCCACAGAAGUUAGUUUGGAGUGGCUGGUUGACUUGCAUCAAUGGCAAUCCUGAAUAUCUUCACUCCCUUCCAAAAGACUUCACCUGUCUGCCGCUCUUUGGCUACAAAGGGUCUGAAAGGCUCUCCUCUGUGGUCAAAUCCUGGUUCCAGAGAACGUUUGACUGCUGUUUCGGUCCCUUGGAGAUCAGCCACACCAGCCUACAAUGGCUCAUGGCGCUAUGGACUAACUGCCACGCUGAAUCCAACAUCCAACACCUGAAAAUGCUCUGGACUCUACCGUCCGUGCCGCCGCUUCAAGUGACCUAUGCCGUCGACGCCCGGGAUGCGUGGGAGCUGUGGGGCAGCGUGCAAAAAGGUUCACGGGGAAACGACGACGGGGCAGAGAAGGCGGGCUGGAUUGACGUGGAGGAGGUGACGGGUUUCAUGAAGGGUCUCAAGAGUCACUUUUACAGGCACUUCAAGCUGGACCUUUCAGCCGGGACUCUGAACCAGGUCUCCACAGCGCUGGGAUCAGCCAAGCGCAGCGGCAAGAUCAAGAUCUCCAACAGCAGAUAUAUGACCGCCACCCUGACUCUGCUGACAGAAUGUGCCCUCUUCAAAAUGCCCAUCUGAGUUCGACACUGAGGACGUUUUUAGUUUAGAAUACCACCUGAAAAUGCAGAGAACGCUUUUAUUUCCAAU